GCAACGACCAUAUGCGCAGCUUCUCUUUUAAACCUCAAUGAAAGUUUUCAUUGACAGGAAAAAAUAUCUCAACUGUGGAAACCAUGACAAUAUAUUCAUUUCAGAAGAGAAAAGCAAUAACUAUGAAUGCUCGUCCAUAUGUGGUCGAAAUAAAGGGAUCAGCCUUUGUUAUCAGAAUGAGAAGUAUGACGCAGAAGUUCCAUAAGGAGGAGGAUAACAGCGAUUGACUAACAUUUGUUUCUAUUCACAUUCCAUUGAACAAAAGAUCUGACCAGUAUGCACAUUUUGUUUACAUCAAAUAUUAUUUGAUGGAUAAGGAGCUGAUAUAUUUUUAGAAAAGAAAGGAUUUUUUAAACAAAGUUUUAUUUAUAUAAUUAGCAUUAUAUUAAUAUGAACAUAAUCACAAUGUCAUUGAUCUCACACAAACUCGUAAUACCAGGUUUCGGGACCAAUUCACUAACUUGCAGAAACCACAAAACUAUUUUUACAAAACUUCUUUUUAUAUUAUACAUCCUGACAAAUUUUGUCAUACCAUGUACAUAUACUCAAGUUAGCUGCGUGAGUAAUCCAUUGGGGAGUGGAUUGACGGAGUGGAGGGAUUCGCCAAAGAAUUUCAGUGUGGUAUGGGCUGUUACGGAUGUUUGCCAGACUCUGAUGGCAUGCUAUGGUCUCCCAGGAGAGGAAGGGUACCUCACACAGUUAUGUCCAUUAGAAAUACAGGAAGGGGACUCGGUAUUCCUCCUCCCAGACCCCUCCCCGAUAUUCCAGAUGAAGAUCGGUCAAGUGACGGAGAGCGAGUUUAUUAAUUGUCCAUCUGGGGGGCACCCCUUGGAGAGAAUGGUCACGGCAACAGCCACUAGAGAGGUGACUAAAAUACCACAGAGAUUUCUCUCACCUGGUAUUAAUUUAUUUGCGCAGGUGCCCAAUGGGUUUAUAGCAUUCUAUGGCUGUGUGUUCGGACUACGAGUCAAUGUGACCGUUAAAAGUAACGUUUGUGUUUCACCAUCGGGUCAAACUUGCACUGGUAAUGGACGUUGUGUGACUCGCAGGCUCGAACAAGACUACACAUGUCUUUGUGAGACUGAAUAUAGAGGGCAGCACUGUGAUGAGUAUAAUGCAUGCGCGAGUGCGCCGUGCUCUAGAGGUGGCACAUGUAUUGAUGUAGGGCAAGGUUUAGAGGGGAGUGACUUUGUCUGCCAGUGUCUACCACAGUAUACAGGGUCCAUGUGUGAAAACGUGCUAGGGGCAUGUACCUCAGGUAUAUGUAACAAUGGCACAUGUGUCACCGUGUCACCAGGUGUCUAUCGCUGUCAGUGUCAUCCUGGAUAUACAGGUGUGGACUGUGAAACCGAAAUCAAUGAGUGUUUAUCACAACCAUGUGUAGAUGGAGCCACAUGCCAAGACAGGAUUAACGACUUUUCUUGCAUUUGCCAAGAAGGACGUACAGGAAAGACUUGCAAUGAGACGAUAGAUUACUGUGUGUCCGAGCCAUGUGAGAACGGCGGCGCAUGCACUUCCACGGAGCUGGGUUUCACAUGUAACUGCACAUUUCAGUAUGAGGGUUCAAGGUGCCAGAAUGUGAUUACCACUUGCUCUGAUGAUUUAUGUUUAAAUGGAGCCAACUGUGUGGUCACUCCUGAGGGUCUAGUGAACUGUCAGUGCCCACCAGGGUGGACGGGGGACAUCUGUACCGACAUCGACAACCUGUGUCUCUACAGCCCCUGUGGUAAUGGCUCCACCUGCAAUGAUAUCAGCCCGCCACAGGGACCAGGAGAAUAUAACUGUAGUUGUGUGUUUGGGUUUACUGGCAGAAACUGUACAGAGAGAAUAACAGUGUGCGACAGUGGACCGUGUCAGAGUAACGGAACAUGCGUCAUAACGUCUGAAUCAGAAUACACCUGCAUUUGUCCCAGUGGCUUCACAGGCAAGAAUUGCGAAGUAGACCUCAGCCAACUAAACCCCUGUGAUCCCAGUCCUUGUAGAAACAAUGCCACCUGUAGUUCUGUUGGGGAAGCAAACUUCACUUGCUACUGUCCGAGUGGUUUUACUGGGGAAAUUUGUGAUGUCAUAGUCAUGCUAAACCCGUGCCAGUCUGGUCCAUGUGGAAAUAAUGCCACAUGCAAUUUGGUUGGAGAAGGAAAUUUCACAUGUUCAUGCACAGAUUUUUAUACUGGGAUAUAUUGUGAGUUGAGGAUUACGACCGACCCAUGUGACUCAAACCCAUGUGAUAAUAAUGGUACUUGUGUUUCAGGUACAGGCAAUUCCAAUUUCACCUGUAUCUGCGCCUCUGGUUUUAGUGGGGAAACUUGUAGUAAUUUCAUAAAUCCCUGUGAUUCACAACCAUGCAAAAAUAAUGCCACUUGUGUUACUGACAGUGCGGGAAACUUCAGUUGUGUUUGUGGGGUUUUUCACACAGGAAGGAUAUGCAAUAUCCAGGUUAGUGCCUGCGAUUCUCAACCAUGUAAAAACAAUGCUACAUGCAUUUCUGAUGAAACAGGAAACUUCAGUUGUGUGUGUGCAAGCACGUAUACUGGACAGACAUGUGAUGUAGUCGUGAAUGCAUGCCUAUCGCAGCCUUGUCAAAACAAUGGGACCUGUAGACCUAAUGGCACUGUGGAUUACCACUGCGAUUGCCCAGCUUUUUAUUCUGGGAGAAACUGUGAAUCUCAACUCAGUGGCUGCAGCUCUAGUCCUUGUGAUAACAACGCCACCUGUGUGUCGUUAUCAGAUGGCAGCUACACAUGUGCAUGUCCACAGAACUACACGGGGCCGAAUUGUGAAAUCCUUCUAGACCCCUGUGGUGAAAACAGGUGCCAAAAUGGCGCCACAUGUUCAGCGGUUUCUUCAUCGAACUAUACCUGCAUUUGCACCAGUGUCUACACUGGAAAGUAUUGCGAGAAUCUCGCCACGCCCUGUGCUAGAUCGCAGUGUCAGAACAAUGCGACAUGUUUGGAGACAGCUGAAGGUGGUGGUUAUACCUGUAGCUGUGUGGAAGGUUAUACUGGAUUGUAUUGCGAGGUCAAAAUGUGGUCAUGUGACAGUCAGCCAUGUUUCAAUGGCGCCACCUGCAGUGAAGAUGAUGAAGAGCAGACGUACAUUUGUUCCUGCCUGCCAGGUUUUACUGGCAAACAGUGUCAAAGUGACAUCAAUGAGUGUGCAUCAGAUCCCUGCCCUGAUGGUUCAACAUGUCAAGAUAGUGUCAACGGCUACAGCUGUGUCUGCCCUACAACUGAAUACACCUACACCAAACUGGUAGACACCAGUGGCAGAGAGUUUAUGUUGAUAUUUAUGGAGAACAGAAUUGAGCAGCCAAAGUACAUGCUCCUAGAAGUCUUUGUAACCCCAAGUCGCGAGGACAUCAUCAACGCCACUGUUCGCCUCCAGCAAAAACUGCUACCAGAUGUCCCCGCAGUCACUGUGACAGUCAGCAGCGGUGAGAUGAGAGCGCUGACUGUUCCAGUGGACCUCAGGAUGGCUGGGACAAAUUUCGAAAGAUCUGGGAUAAGGAUCACGUCCGAUGAAGACAUUUUAGUGUAUGCCGUGAACAAGGACGAGUUUUCUACUGACAGUUUUCUGUGUCUCCCUGUUCAUACUUUGGGAACGGAAUAUUACACUGUGUCUUAUGCUCCACCCACUUAUAAUACACAGUUUGGUAUCGCAGCUGUGGAUAAUAACACUAACGUCAGUAUCAAAUUUCCAGAGAACAGUGAUCCCCCAAUUGAUGUCCAUUAUUUUUCGGCACUCUACAGAGACGGAGAUGUCCUUAAUUUGACUCUGAAUCAAUUUGACGCUGUGCAAAUUCAAAGUGAUGGGUUUGCAGAUUUAACAGGGACGUACAUAACAUCAAGCAAGCCAGUGGCUGUGUUUAGUGGAAAUGUUCGAACCAAUGUUGGCUCUGGGAUAUCUCGUGACCACCUUGCUGAGCAAAUCCCGCCUGUUGCAUCAUGGGGCAGGGAAUUUGCCAUUCUCCCCAUUCCGCAAAGAACUACAGGUGAUGUGAUUCGUAUUAUCGCAAGUGUUGCGGCUACGACCAUUCGUGUCGAAAAUCAAAGCACGUCUGUCAUCAGGGAGAUCCAAAACCCAGGGGAAUUAUGGGAAAUGACCUUGCCAUCAACAUCGUACACCCACAUCAGUGCUAAUCACCCAGUCAUGGUGGUCCAGAUUGUGUAUAGCCAAGUCAGUACCCAAACCAACGAACUGGCCGACCCCAGCAUGAUCUUAGUGCCCCCUAUUGAGAAUUAUGGAAAUGAUUUUCAUUUUGUCCUUCCUGCAGCUUCAGAAGGUGCUGUUGCUUACACCCACUACUUUUUGAUAGUGGUGGAUACAGAUUCAAGGAAUGGACUGUUACUUGAUGGAAGAAAUCUGAGUGAAAUUUAUAACAAUUUGAUUUGGCACAACAUAACGGGAACCACCUAUGUUGGAACAUACUUUGUUCUUGGAACAGCCUCAGAACUGAGUAGUCAUGUGAUUCACCACACAGACAGUGCUGCCACCUUCAUGGGGAUUCUGUAUGGAGCUGGCGAUAGAGAAAGUUAUGGACUGCCCGUUGGAAUGAGACUACGAGAACGGACAACAGCGAACUGCACCAUUCCAGAAGACGUCUGUCUCUCAUUUCCCUGCAUGAACAAUGCCUCCUGUGUCCAGCAUCCAAAAUACAACAACUUCACCUGCAGGUGUGCCGUGGGUUUCACAGGCAGGCUGUGUGAGACUGACAUUGAUGACUGUGUCCAGCAUGGUUGUCAUGGUAACAGCACAUGCAUGGAUAUGAUUGGUGGAUAUGUGUGUGUUUGUCCCACAGGAUUUACUGGAGUUUUCUGCGACAUCCCCCUUCCGCUGUGUUCAAGCGAGCCUUGUCAAAAUAAUGCCACAUGUCAGCAACAAGAUGGAAAUUACACUUGUGUCUGUGUCCCAGGCUACAAAGGAAGACAUUGUGAAACAAACAUCAAUGACUGCGAUCCUGAUCCAUGUUUGAAUGGAGCCCUUUGUGUUGACCUUGUGGCUGGUUACCAGUGCUAUUGUGUGGAUGGUUAUACUGGGGAUAACUGCUCCAUCAACUUCAACGACUGUGACAGCAGACCUUGUCGUAACAAUGCUACAUGCAUCGAUGGUGUCGCAAACUACACGUGCGCAUGUGCACCAGGGUAUUCUGGCUUGGACUGCGAGGUCAACCUUGAUCCUUGCUUGUCAACGCCGUGCAGGAACAAUGCCACAUGCCUCAGUGAUUUCGUAACUUUGAAUUACACAUGUGCAUGUUCGUUAGGCUACGAAGGUGAACAGUGUCAGAGGGAGACAAAUGAAUGCGAAACAUUAAAUGUAACAUGUCAACAUGGUGGCACAUGCGUGGACAGAUUCAACAACUUCACGUGUGCAUGUGCAGAAGGCUACUUAGGGCAGUAUUGCGAGGUAAAUGUUGAUGAUUGUGUGGCCAAUCUUUGCGCUUAUAACAGCACAUGCGUUGAUGGCUUGAAUGCAUACACGUGUUCGUGUGCACCUGGAUUUACAGGUGUGUAUUGUAAUAACUCCCUAACUUGUGAUCCUAACCCGUGCAACCAAGGAACAUGCAUGACAACGGCCAGUGGUUACAGCUGUACAUGCCCUGAAGAUGGUCCUCGUUAUGAUGAAGAUUGUAAUAUUGUUGACCCUUGCUCCUCUGCUCCUUGUCUGCUCAACUCAACCUGCAUAUCCCUUAUGGAAAACGGGACAUUCCAGUGUCUCUGUUUUCCAGGCUACGGUGGCUCCCUCUGUGAGAAAGAUAUAAAUGAGUGCCUCUUGUACAACAUCACCUGCAAAAAUGGCGGAACUUGUCUGGAUGCUGUGAAUAAUUUUACAUGCGCCUGUCCAAUUGGAUUUACGGGAGUUUACUGCGAAGUUGUCACUGAUAAUUGCGAUGGUAACAAUUGCAGUAAUAAUGCAAGUUGUGUCAGUGACAGCAGUGGAUACACUUGUCAGUGUUUGAGUGGUUUCACCGGACAAUACUGUGAAACCAUUAUUGACAAUUGCAGUAACAACAGCUGCAGCAAUAAUGCAACAUGCAUUGAUGAUAUCAUGGGAUAUUACUGUCAGUGCAUUGCAGGAUUCACGGGAUCCUUCUGUGAAACAGACAUUGAUGAUUGCAGUCAAAACAAUUGUAGCAAUAAUGCAACUUGUAUCGACGGCAUCCAAUCAUAUAAUUGUCACUGUACUCCUGGAUUUACUGGUAAAUUUUGUGAAACAAUCACUGAUGUUUGCAGUAUCAACAACUGCAGCAAUAAUGCAACAUGCAUUGUUGCUGACAAUGGAUAUUAUUGUCAGUGUUCAGAUGGAUACACGGGGGAGUUUUGUGAGACUAACAUCGAUGACUGCAGUAAGAACAACUGCAGCAAUAAUGCAACGUGUAUUGUUGCUGACAAUGGAUAUUACUGUCAGUGUUCAGAUGGAUACACAGGGGAGUUUUGUGAGACUAACAUAGAUGACUGCAGUAAGAACAAUUGCAGCAAUAAUGCUACGUGUAUUGAUGAUGUCAGUGGUUACUACUGCCAGUGUGUUAGUGGUUAUACUGGUGAUUUUUGUCAGUCAAACAUUAAUGAUUGCAGUAACAACAAUUGCAGCAAUGGUGCAACUUGUAUCGAUGGUAUUGAUUCAUAUCAUUGUCAGUGUGCUCUAGGAUUUACAGGUGGAUUUUGUGAACAUAACAUUGACGACUGCAGUAACAACAGUUGCAGUAAUAAUGCUACAUGCAUCGAUGGCAUUGGUUCAUUCACAUGUCUGUGCUUGAGUGGAUUCACGGGAACAUUUUGUGAGAGUAGCAUCAAUCACUGCAGCAGCAACAAUUGCACCAACAAUGCUACUUGUAUUGACAGUGUAAAUUCUUACAGUUGCCAAUGUGUUCCUGGUUUUACUGGAGAAUUUUGUGAAACCAACAUUGAUGACUGCAGCAGUAACAGUUGCACCAACAAUGCAACUUGUAUUGACAAUGUGAAUUCUUACAGUUGCCAAUGUGUUCCUGGUUUCACUGGAGAGUUUUGCAAAACUAACAUUGAUGACUGCAGCAGUAACAGUUGCACCAACAAUGCUACUUGUAUUGACAAUGUGAAUUCUUACAGUUGCCAAUGUGUUCCUGGUUUCACUGGAGAGUUUUGCGAGACUAACAUUGAUGACUGCAGCAGUAACAGUUGCACCAACAAUGCUACUUGUAUUGACAAUGUGAAUUCUUACAGUUGCCAAUGUGUUCCUGGUUUCACUGGAGAGUUUUGCGAGACUAACAUUGAUGACUGCAGCAGUAACAGUUGCACCAACAAUGCUACUUGUAUUGACAGUGUAAAUUCUUACAGUUGCCUAUGUGUUGAUGGUUUUACUGGAGAGUUUUGUGAAAUUAACAUCGAUGACUGCAGUGAUAACAGUUGUCUUAACGGAGCCACUUGUGUGGACGGUUUGAAUGGCUAUAGUUGUGUGUGCCCUCCAACUUACUCUGGCCCUUUCUGUGAGCUGCGCUAA